UUUAGCUCAGCAAGGAGCCACAAUACGGCGCUACACACACGCGCGCGCGCGCGCGCGCCCGACUUUCUUUCGUUUCUUGGAGACCUGAUCCACAUUUUACGCGUCAGUCUCCAAAAAAAGGCACUGUAGGUAAGCUCACGCGCACGGCUUUGUUGUUUCCGUCCCAGACCGAGACUUAGGACGUAGGAAGACGUGACUUUGAUCGUGUUUUACUCAUAAGGACACCGGCAGGGGAGUUCUGCUUGACUGCCUGAGCUGAUAUGUAGUUGGAUCUUUGGAUUUGGACUUCCUUUGGAACUUUAUAAGCCCUGAGAUCACCGCGGAUUGUUUCCCCCCUCUCUGUCUCAUGUCUGUGUUGAUUUUGUCCUGUCUUAACUGGCACCAUGUCGCCCGGAGCGGAGAAAAGACUCGAGUCUCAGUUGAAAAUGUUGGAUUCCAUGAUCAGAGACCAGCGGUCAGCCCUCAAUCUGGCGAGUUUGUUGGAUUCUAUAAAUGCCUUGGCCCUUGACCUGAAUCACUCUGCGCUGCGGAAGAACAAAAACAUUGAUGUCUUCCUAAACAGAUAUGAGAAGGCUGUAAACCGUCUGAGGGAACUGCAGGUGAGACCUGAUGACUUCGACCGAAUCAAAUUAAUCGGCAAAGGAGCCUAUGGAGCUGUGCAACUGGUGCGGCACAAGGUCUCUAAGAAAGUCUAUGCGAUGAAGAAACUCAGCAAGUUUGAGAUGAUCAAGCGCUCAGACUCUGCCUUCUUUUGGGAGGAGCGGGACAUCAUGGCCUUCUCAAACAGCCCCUGGAUAGUGCAGCUGUGCUGUGCCUUUCAAGACGAGCGCCACCUCUACUUGGUGAUGGAGUUCAUGGCAGGUGGAGAUCUGGUAACCCUUACCAUGAAUUACGACAUGCCUGAGGAAUGGGCGCGCUUUUACACAGCUGAGGUAGUGCUGGCGCUGGAUGCCAUCCACUCCAUGGGCUUCAUCCACAGAGACAUCAAACCUGAAAACAUGUUGCUGGAUCACUGCGGCCACCUCAAACUAGCCGACUUCGGCACAUGCAUGAAAAUGGAUAAGUCUGGGAUGGUUCGGUGCGACACAGCUGUAGGAACUCCUGAUUACAUUUCUCCAGAGGUGCUGAUGUCACAAGGUGGAACUGGUCAUUAUGGACGCGAGUGUGACUGGUGGUCUGUGGGGGUGUUUCUUUAUGAGCUGCUGAUUGGUGAAACUCCGUUUUAUGCCGAGUCACUGGUGGGAACUUAUGGAAAGAUCAUGAAUCACAAAAACAGUCUGAAUUUCCCAGAUGAUAUGGAAAUGUCUAAAGAGGCCAAAGACCUUAUCUGUGCCUUUUUGACUGACAGGGAGGUGAGGCUUGGCCGGACAGGAGUGGAGGAAAUCAAACAUCAUCCCUUCUUCAAGAAUGACCAAUGGACCUUCGAUACCAUACGAGACACCAUGGCUCCAGUGGUGCCUGAGUUGAGAAGUGACAUUGACACGAGCAAUUUUGAUGAUAUCGAGGAAGAGAAAGGAGACGUGGAGACUUUCCCACCUCCUCGUGCCUUUGUAGGCAACCAGCUACCUUUUGUUGGAUUUACCUACUACAGGGAGGACCAGUUGAUGAGAAAAAAAGAAAAAGAUGGAGAUGAAGCUGACAUCUGUAUUGAUGCUUUGCUAGAAAAGGACGACCAUUCCGAGAGAUCUGAGGCCGAUGACGUGCAAAAGAAGCUGAUUAAGAUAGAAGAAAAGUACAAACAUGAGAAGCAAGCUAAGGAUGAACUGGAAAGCAAAUGCAGAAAUGCAAACGAGCGACUAGAUAAGCUGUCCAAGGAGCUUGAGGAGGAGAUGAGUGCGAGGAACACUGCUGAGGAUUCUCUGAGGAAACUGGAGAGAGAGAAAGCCCUGCUGCAGCACCAGAACACUGAGAGCCUGAGGAAGGCUGAAAUCGAGACAGAACGAAAACGCAGCUUAGAAAACGAAGUGAGCAACUUGAAAGAUCAGCUGGCUGAACUGAAGAAGAAGAGCCUUAACUCACAGAUCUCCAAUGAGAAAAAUAUCCAUCUAGAGAGACAGCUGGAGGAGGUGAGCGCUAAGCUGCAGGCCGAGGUGGAGGAGUCAGGCCGAGUGAAGAAAGCUCAGGCCGAGGCCGCAAGACAAGCACAGCAGCUGGAGCUUUUACUCAGGGAGCUGCAGGAGCGACUGGCCCAGCUGGAGGGCAGCCGCCUCGGCCUGGAGCAGGACAACUUCAGCCUACAGAGUGCACUAGAGAGUGAGAAGAGGGAGCGCAGUCUCAGCUCUGAGACAAUCACUGAUCUACAAGUGCACGUCUCGGGUCUGGAGGAAGAGCUGAAGCAAACGAAAAACUUGCUCUCUAAGGCUGAGGGAGAGAAGAGACAGCUACAGGAGGAACUGAUUGACUUGGAGAAGGUCAGGAGUCAGCAAGAGAUUGACUUUACCUUCAAGCUCAAAUCUGUUCAGCAGCGAUUAGAGCAAGAGGUAGAGGAGCACAAUGCUGCCAAAACCCGACUUGCUGACCACAGCAAACUCAACGAGUCCAUCGAAGAAGCCAAGUCUGAAGUGCUGAGAGACAUGGAGCGUAAGCUACAGGACGAACGCUCGGCUAAACAGCAGCUAGAGAGUAAGCUGAUGCAGCUGGAGAAACAUCACUCAGCCCUGGACUGUGAUUAUAAGCAGGCACAGCACGAGCUCCACGAGCUGCGCUCACACAAGAACAAGCUCACGGAGGAGGUGGAUUUGCUGUCUGUGAGAGUGGAGCAGGAAAUGCAGCGGCGGAAUCUGUCUCAAGCUGAUCUGAAGGCUCAGAAUCAAGAAGUCAGCAAGUUACGCACCUCUGAAAAACAACUCAAACAAGAACUCAACCACCUGCUGGAGCUCAAACUCAGCAUGGAGAAACAGAACCAGGAGCUACGCAGGGAGAGAGAAGUUGCUGAGACUCAUGUGAAGGAGUUAAAGGACCAGCUGGAGACAGAACAGUAUUUCACAAAACUAUACAAAACUCAGAUCCUAGAGCUGAAGGAAGACUGUGAUGAAAAGACUAAACUCUACCAGGACACACAGCGGAGACUGGAGGACCUUCAGGAAGAAAGGGACUCUCUGGCCUCACAGCUGGAGGCGAGCCUGACAAAAGCCGACUCGGAGCAGCUGGCACGCUCCAUUGCUGAGGAGCAGUACUCAGACCUGGAGAAAGAGAAGAUCAUGAAAGAGCUGGAGAUUAAAGACAUGAUGGCCAGACACCGGCAGGAGCUCAGUGAAAAGGAUAACACUAUCAGUUCGCUAGAGGAGUCGAACCGCACUCUGACAGUGGAUGUAGCCAACCUGGCCAAUGAGAAAGAGGAGCUCAAUAACCAACUCAAAGAUCUUCAACAGCAGCUGGAAAAAGCCAAAGAUGAUGAGAAGCAGCUUAGCAUCAUGAAACUGUCCUUCGAGAAGCAACUUCAGACUGAGCGAACACUCAAGAUCCAGGCUGUUAACAAGCUAGCAGAGAUAAUGAACAGGAAGGAUCUGGUGCGCGGCGUUCACCAUGCAGAUGACGGCAGUCUGAGAAGGAAGGAGAAGGAAAACAGGAAGUUGCAGCUAGAACUGCGAUCUGAGCGAGAAAAGCUCAACAGUACCAUCAUCAAAUACCAGAAAGAGAUCAGUGAGAUGCAGGCUACAAUAACAGAGGAGUCGCAGACCCGUGUGGAGCUGCAGAUGGCUUUGCACAGCAAGGACAGCGAUAUCGAGCGUCUGCGCAGUCAGUUAACUUCACUUAGCAUCCAUUCCUUAGACACAACCAGCAUCAGCAGCAUGAGCAAUGAGCCGGACACUGAUGAGCCUUACCCAGUGCGCAUCACACAAACACAAUCCUCAGAGUCCAUGUCGUUCACAUACCAGCGAAGCUCCAAGCGGGUGUGUAUAGACACCCGGCCGAGUCUCAUGUGCCCCCUCUUCCCUUCUGAGCUUGAUGAAGAGGAUGAUGAGGAAGAGAGGGGGCAGCCUCGGCUGGCUUUGUGUUACGAGAGGCCGGCGGACGUUGAACCUGCAGACAAUAGUCUGCAGGGCUGGUUGUCUCUUCCAAGCAAGAACACCAAGAGGUUUGGAUGGGAUAAGAAGUUCGUGGUGAUGAGCAGUAAGAAGAUCCUGUUCUAUGACUCAGAGGAAGACCGGGAUCUGGCCAAACCCUUCAUGAUCCUGGACAUCGAUAAACUCUUCCAUGUCCGACCUGUGACUCAAACAGAUGUUUAUCGUGCAGAUAUUAAAGAGAUCCCUCGCAUUUUCCAGAUCCUAUAUGCCAACGAGGGUGAGAGCAAGAAUCAGGAAGCAGGCGUGGAGCUUUUGGCAGCCGAGAGGUCAGCCUACAUCUCUUACAAAGGCCAUGAGCUUGUGACCACGCUCUACCACUUCCCCUCCAACUGUGAGGCAUGUACUCGACCCCUCUGGAAUGUCUUCAAGCCCCCACCAGCUGUGGAGUGCCGUCGCUGUCACGUCAAAUGCCACAAAGACCACCUAGACCUCAAGGAGGAAGUGCUUGCACCCUGCAAAGUGAACUAUGGCACGGCAAAAGAGUUGCUACUGCUGGCUAGCUCUUCAGCUGAGCAGCAGAAAUGGAUCACUCGUCUUCUCAAGAGAAUCCCACGCAAACCUCCUACCCAGAGUGCAGCAGCCCCUCAAGAGUCUCCAGUGGUGACACUGCCCUCACCGCUUCCCUCGCCCCAUCUCUCUCCACGAAACUCACCCAAACUCACCUCCAGAGGAGCCAUCAGAGUGCACAGCAGAGGCCCACCACCCAACAGCAAGCCCAGCGUGAUAGAGUUUGACCUGAAGGCCUGGGGUUGGGCUCUUCAUGAUGAUGAUGAUGAUGAUGAUGAUGAUGAUGAUGAUGAUGAAGUGUUUGACUUCUGAAGAUGUGGGAGACCGCAGGGUAACCACUGUGUCUCGUUAACCAUGCGUUGGCUUACAGCUCGGUGUGUGUGUGUUCUCCUGUGGUGGGUUCAGACAUGUGAAAGUGUCCUGUUAGAGAUUGUGGAAUACUAAUAAGUUAAUGGCAUGGUUCAUAUAGAAGACAAAGGGAUAAUCCAGUGUAUUUUAAUGUAAUGUACUGGAAUUUUUUUUCUUAGUGCAUUGACAAGAAUUUCCAAUUUCACUCGACAUUUUCUUGAAAAAAGAGAAAAGUCAGGAUGAGUGAAACUUAAAAAGUUCAACAGAUCUCCAGGGGCAGUUAUUAGGACGUCACUCAUCACUUGUGUGGCUUAUCUUUAUAAACCUGUAGAAUUAACCCUGAACAAACAAGAAUAAUAAAAAAAAAUCUUAAUAAAGUGUGAAUAAUUAUAGAAUUAUAUUUUCCUCUGUUGCUUCAGUUGCCUUAAAUGUCACCAAUCCUUCACAAAAGUCUUCUCUGUUUCAUUCUCAGACCUUUGACAUAAAUGUUGUACUUACAGUUUGCACUACAUUGGUGUGUGAAAUAUUAUCAUCUCCCCUGCCAUUAUGGCUGAAUUUCAAACAAAUAAUUCAAUUCGAUUAUAUUUUAUUUGUAUAGGGCUUUUAACAAAUGGACACUGUCUCAAAGCAGCUUUAUAGAAAUAUAAGAAA